CGAGUUUACAGGGAUCUAAGGAACACGAAGGCGUUUCUUUUUCCGUUAGAGGAGCAGAAAUUGUGAAUCGCCACAAUGGAGAUCAGAAGUUCGCCAGGUCCCUUGAAUGAGUACUUUCCAGAGAGCCAUUGUUGUGCUACACCCGAUGGGAGGGGCGACGAGAACAUUUGUCCUGAGGAUGAAGUAAACUCAACAGUUGUGGUAUUGAAGAGGAGCAGAAAGGAUGGUAGAUUGAACUUGAGGAAAAGCUUAGCGUGGAACCCGGCCUUCUUUACCGAAGAAGGUGUGCUAGAUUCAUCUGAGUUGUCGAUAAUCACUGAUUCGGCCACCAAGUCAAGCAGUGAAUUUUUAUCGAAGAACUAUGUAGAGAGCUCGUCAAUCAUGCAGCCUGUUAAAGUUAGUAAGAGGCCCCCGCUUAAUAAUCUUGAAGAAAAUUCUUUGAGUGGAGUGCAUACAAGGUCAAUGUCUAGAAGUAGAAACAAGAGGGCUGCCAAUUUUUUAUCUAUUUCAGAAGAAUCAAAACAUGAUGGACCUCGAAUAUCUAUGACCUCUAGCAGGGCACCAUCCUCAAAAGGCAUGCCACCAAAAUUGAACGUAGCAUGCUUAAUGUUGGAAAGGGAAAAGGCAUCAAAAGUUCAGAUUGAGAAAGAUUUGAAGUUGAAUUCUUGCCUAUCAUCCUCAAAUAGAUCUCAUAGGGAGAUGAGUUGGUCUGGCCCCUCAGGCAUGAAUUGCUCAGUUAAAGAAAAAACACAAAAUUUUCAUUGGCUGCCUCCUGCACCAAUCCAAACUAAGCAAUCAACCUUCAGGAUGCCUUACUCGCAUGGAAGCUUGGAAAAAGGAAAAUCAGCAAAACCACUAUUUGAAAAAGAUCCGAUCUUGUUGAAGCUGAAUCCUUGCCCAUCAUCAUCAACUAAAUCACAGAUGGAGACAACUUGUUCUGGUUCAGAUGGAACUUUCUCUUCAAUUUCUCAACAACGAUUCACUGUUCCUGGGUUGCCUCCUGCACCAAUCCAAGCUAAGUCUUCAGGCUUGAGGAGGCCUUCUCCGUCACUGGGUUUCUUUCAACAGAAAAAGGUUUCUUCCUCACACAGCGAACAACUCGAAAGAACUUCUCAAGUGCCCAUAGAUAAUUCUGCAUCUCUGAGAAAACCUGCCAACCUUAAGCGCGUGUCCCUGUCUAAGCCUCCAGUUGCUCAAACUGAGCAAAAACAAAAAAAAGACUUUGAAGCUCAUACUGAAAUGAAGAUGAAACAGUUUGAUAGAAAAGCUACCAUAUCUUCCAAUGUUUGUGGGAGAUCAAAUUGUCCAUUAGAUGUUGCAAAAGAGAUUGCGACAAACUGUUUUUCAGUUAGCCACAAAAUGGAUGAGAAAACUCGAAAAGUACUUCGAGAGAAACCUUACACUGGAAGAACAACAACUAGGGAAUUAGCUGAUGAUGAUUGUUCCAUGUCACAGAUCUGCAGUAAGACUUCGACUGAGGGAAGUGGGAUGAUCGAAAAAGUUUUGCAUUGUAAUGGUUUUAGGAAUACCGGUGAUUCUAGUUCCAUUGCUGCUGAAAUUUCUUCCACUUCAUCUGAAAUGCACUUCGCACAGAACUUAAAUGAAAGCAAUUCAAAACCAUUAAAUGUUUAUGCCCCAGUUAUGAAUGGUGAGCUUAUUUUGCACAAGGAUGCGAUAGAUGGGAACUCUAUCCGUGGUUUUUCAGAAGAAGCUUGUUUGUACACUGAACCUAGGAAGGAUCCAACAGAUGAGGGUGGUGUUCAGAAUGGCGAGGAACUUUUUCAACAAACAAUAUCUCAAGUCCAACAAAAUAUCUCUGGAAAAUCACAAACUGGAGAAUUGCAAGCUAUUUCCUCACAGAAUGUUCAACUUGCAGCAUCCAGAGAGUUUCAUCCCCAAGAUGAACUUCAAUUGUGUGAGUCAAGGAAUGAGACCAGCAUGGUAGAAGAGAAUGGAUCGAUGCCAGCUAAAAAUAUAUCUUUUGACAAUUUGAGACAAGAUACUGUCCUCUUGAAACAUCACCUAAGUGCUGUUCCAUACUCAGAUGAGUGGCUGGCUGCCAUUGAGGCUUUUGGAGAGGACAUUUUGGUCGUUAAAACAGGUACCGUACAUAACUCUCCUCCAGACAAAGAUAUUCCAGAGCCUGGCCUUUGGUCACCGGUCAAGAGGAAAGCUCAGGACGUUGGACCGUUUGAUUGCACCAAAUACAGUGUAAGACCAUUCCUUAGGGAGGAGUGACUCCGUUCUUUUUCUAACCUUUCAAUUAGUAGGGGUUUAGGGUAGGUGUACCAAAAGAUUACUAUAGAUGGAAAACAUAAAUUGAAGUUGAUUUAUUCUUACUUUGUUUGAUUUUUAAAAAAGGGGUAAUUACGUACAAAGCACCGGAAAUAUUACUAUUUAGAAAUCAAGCACUUUUCCUCAUUCAUUUUCUAAAUUUUUACUCAAACUCGAAGUAUCAAAUUCUUAAUGGUUUGAUCAUGGCAUGUGUAAAUGCAUCGGUUCGAUGGUUCAAAAAAUCACAUGGAGGCUUGAUCUAUAAAUAUCAAUGUCUCGAGUGUUUUCUAUGUAUUUAUCCCUUAAAAAUAAUGAAGAUUUCUAUUGCCUUUGCCUUGGAAUAGUG